UCCAAGUUCCCUGGUGGUCACUCUUGGUCAGCCCAUGGUCUUGCCCUGCAGUUUCUCCGUGGGGAAUGUCUGGCAGCCCGAAAGCAUUGUGAUUACUUGGCAGCGGGGGCUUGAAGUAGUUCACAGCUUUUACUACAAUUGGGACCAACUGGAGCACUUCCAUGGCUCUCCAUUGAUCUCCAUGGUUUGUUUAUUGGUUUGACAUUUAGACUUUGUUUGCCAACGCAAAAAAAUACCUUAAACCAGCGCCCAGCAUGACGGUAUAACUGUAACGUAAGGGACGUGGUGGAUAUCCUUGGUAUACCAUGAACUGCUUUGAUAUUCUAUGAAUAAUUAAAGUCCAAGUUUUUAAGGUGGUUUUGGACAGACAGUACCGUGACAUGUGUUUCAAACUUUGGACAGCACAAGGAUUUUAUCUUUUUCUACUUAUCAUAAAAGUCUGCUGCUCGGAAUUCAAAGUCACCGUUCCAAGUUCCCUGGUGGUCACUCUUGGUCAGCCCGUGGUCUUGCCCUGCAGUUUCUCCGUGGGGAAUGUCUGGCAGCCUGAAAGCAUUGUGAUUACUUGGCGGCGGGGGCUUGAAGUAGUUCACAGGUUCUACUACAAUCAGGACCAACAGUGGCGCCAGAGCCCACACUAUGUGAAUCGCACCUCCCUGUACCAUUCAGAGAUGCAGAAGGGCAACGCAUCUCUCCGUUUGGAAAACGUCACCAUAGAAGAUAGGGGGGAGUACAUCUGUUACGUGAGAUCGCAACUGGGCAGUGAGAGGAAGAUCUUCCCUCUAAAAGUGGCAGCACUGUAUUCAGAGCCAGUGCUGCAGUUCUCAAGGCAGCCCGGAAGUGUGACGGUUCUUCUAACCUCAGGAGGAGGAUUCCCAGCUCCCACCUUAAGCUGGCUGCAAGACCAUGAAGACCUCACCAACAGCACAGAGACCCGUCUCACACAGGACACACUCUCAGGGCUUUAUAACGUGUCCAGCACCUUGACUCUCAAAGACAACUCCAUUGCUACCCUCAGUUUUAUACUGAGGAAUGAGGACCUCAAGCAGGAGAUCAGGAGGAACAUCAGCCUGUCCGAAUCUGAAGGAGAUUUUCCCAAAGCCAGUCAGCGGAUGAGGGAGUUUAUUCUCUUGCCUGUACUUCUGGUAUUCAUACUAGCCGUUCUUGGACUACUAUUACUACCGACAAUAUGCAAACCAUACAGAACCAAAUACAUCUUAUCCAAGACAGAACAUUGUAUGUGUCAUGUUGACAUAACAUGAAAAGAAAACACAUGGGGAGAAGCAAGGGAAAAGGAAACUGCGACCGACACUGGCAGGAGAUGGCCUACCGGCGGCUCAGCUGAAGCUGGGUGGCCGACCGUGUGGCGGGACUCCAGAAGGGGAGGGAAGUGUGAAAAGGUGAAAUCCCUCCCCCUUCUCACUGUGGCCCAAAGGGGGAGAAGGACUGGAAUCCCCUACCUGAAUGGUUGGGUCCGGGUUCCCCCGCCUCUGUGGAGGGGUCCAAUUGACUCUAAUUAGACCAAUUUAGCCCUUGGGUGACCUUAUUUAAUGAUAAUAAUGAUAUUGAAUGAGGGAGAGACAGACUGAACAUGCUAGGAGAAAGCUGGGAGAAGGUACAUAGAUGAAACCGGCGUGAUUUGUAGAGUUGUACCUUGUCUGUUUGGGCUUUAGUUUUGGUCAGUUUGUUUAUAUCUGUUUGUGUUGAUCCCUGUU